GAGGGAGUUGACUCAUGUAUAUCCUUUUCCUACGUACUACGUUGUUCAAUUCGAUGUCUUCUUGUGCGUCACAAAACUGUAAUGAAAGACAAUCCAGCAGCUGCGUCGAGGUGCUACCAUAUGUGGGAUGUCGUGGAUGCUGCAUGCGAGGAUCUAAUAGUAGAUCUCGGACAAGCGGAAAGUACCAUUGUACGUAAUCUUGGUCUGCUCUGCCGCCACCUCGUGCUAAUGCAUUCUUUCCUUCUUCAGACCCAGCCAGCUCCGUACGAAGCCAAUCUUGGGUCUGCGCGAUCGGUCUACGGCGUCUUGAUCGAAUGUAUGCGUGCAUAUGCACAGAACAGGCCGCCGGUAUUCUAAUCCGUGGGCCUACGAAUCCACCCAUCCCUCGCUAUCAUAGCAUGUCUUGUCCCGCUUGUCCUGUAUCGGCUUGUUGUGAGUCUUCGUUGCAUUAUCAUAGAUGUCGGCGCUUGCCAUGCGUUCGCGCCUCGCUGUUGCUCAGUUUGACGUGGAGUGAGUCCCGUCAAGGUGAAUAUGUACGUACUGCUGCCAUACCGGUGCGAGUGUUAAAUCGAUUGCCAUUCUUCGCUUUCUUUGGCACAUGCUGCGGCGUCGGGCAUGCUGCGCUACGGUGCUUCUAAUCGCAUGGCGUCUCAACUUUAAUAAACUGGAGCGCGAUACUAAGGCGCUCCUCGUUGCUUUGCCUUGCUCUCAUCAUGGGCGCGGCUCAAAGCAACACAUCUCAGCAACGUCCAGCGCAGAAUAAUGCUCCUGACCUGACACCCCUGGUUGAAAUGUCCAC